CCCUUUAUUUUUCCCCUUCUCAUAACAGGGUCCUCUGAGAAGAAAGAGUCAUCCAUUGGCGAUUUGUCGGCUCUGGACUUAAAAACGGGUAUUGAGAUCACUGAAGCAUUGCGGUUACAGAUGGAAGUUCAGAAACAGCUACAUGAACAACUUGAGAUUCAAAGAAAUCUGCAGCUGCGUAUAGAAGAACAAGGGCGAUAUCUCCAGGAGAUGUUUGAAAAGCAAUGCAAGUCGAUUCCGAGUAUUGAGUUGGUAAAGGCCUCGUCAUCCAUAGCUGAGGAUGCCUCUGCACAGUCGACAGAUGCAGUUCAACGCUCCUCAAACAAAAAUGAUCCAGGAGUGCCACCAGGCAAUCCUCAAGAAGCAGGAGAUUAUGUAACUCAAAAGGUGGGGGAGAAGCAGAAAGAGCAAGAAAGAGAUCUUGAAAAUCCUGAGACAAAUAUUUCGAGCUCAUCAAAUACACCACCAAAGAAUCAUGCUAAACUGGAUGAAUAAUCUUAUGCAGUUCAGAAACCUUUUGGUAGGAUAUUAAGUUCCUAUUGAUGUUUGGAACAUCAGAUUCUUGAGUAAACCAGCUUUAACAUUUUUGGUAUCCCUCCCAUAGAUUAUUCAGAUGGGCCUGGUUUGUCCUCUGCUUCAACAUCCAUGAUAAAGAAACAUCAGGAUUAUCCUUUUGUAUAUGGUGUUUUAAAGAGAGAUUCUUGGAAGAAUUGAGGAAUUAUAGAUGGUCUUUAAAGCUGCAUUUGUAGCACUCCUGAUGUGUAAUUCUCUGUUAAUUAGCAUUUGAGAUACUAAGAUUAUGCACCCGCGUCUAAUGUAUAUAUUGUUGGGUAAUGCCAAUAUCCUGCCUAUGGCGAGGCCCAGGUGAAGGGAUAGACGGGUCAAGGUCAUGGUUGAAUAUGGUGCCUGCUUGGUAGGCUUCGUUAAAAAAAUAAAGUUGCUCCUUUGU